AUGACCAAGAUCAACUACGAUGCUUGGCGUGAGCUUUUUGAAACACAUUGUUUCAGCUUUGGCGUGUAUGGCCAUCUCGAUGGCACUUCUCUACCUGCAAAUCCAGAGGAUAUAUCUUGGAGAGAGAGUGAUGGUCUUGUCAAGAUGUGGAUCUAUGGAACCAUCUCUUCGUCCCUUCUCGACACGGUUCUCAAAACUCGUUGCUCUGCUCGUGAACUCUGGCUCAUCAUCGAAAAUCUCUUCCGUGACAACAAAGAAGCUCGUGCAAUCCAACUUGACAAUGAUCUCCGCUCUCUUACCAUCGGCGAUCUCACGGUACAUGACUAUUGUCAAAAGCUCAAGACACUUUCUGAUCUCCUUGCCAACGUUAACUCUCCGGUCUCUGAUCGCGUCGUCGUGACGUAUAUGCUGAACGGUCUCUCCCCGAAGUUUGACAACAUCAUCAACAUCAUCAAACAUCGCCAGCCGUUCCCCACCUUUGCUGUUGCCCGAUCCAUGCUUGUUGAGGAGGAACAACGUUUAAACCGUCAGACCCAGAUCCGUACCCCUGCCUCUCUUGACUUGUCAUCCCAUAGCGUGCUAUACACGAACUCUAGCGGACACAACAACAACACCGGUGGUCACCGUGACAACAACUACAACAAGGGCAGCUCCUACGGCGGGAGGGGUCGCGGUCGUGGACGUAACAACAAUAACAGAGGACGUGGCCGUCAACAGUGGCAAUGGAGUCCAAACUAG